AUGGGGCCGGAUUCCAGAAGCCCAGACUCCGCCACCCAUACUCACUCUGCCGGGUCCAAGCUGGAAAGGAAGAGCGCGAAGUAUUGUGGGAGAAGCAAAGCCGCAGUUGCAAGUACAACUUCCGGGUCGCCAGGCAAGGGGGUGUGGCUAGGGAAGGGGAGAGACGAGGCUGUGACGUCAGCGGCGCGCGCCGAAGUGGGGACAGCGAAAGGGCGUCGGGGCGGGGCCGCACCUUUGGGCCGCGAGCUCGAGUCCACCUUCUCUCUGACGGAGUCCGUCUGGCUCCGCGAAGGAACUUGCGUCUCGUGUCUAAGUCUUCGGAUAAAACCAAAACCCAGGCCUACAGAUGUAUGGGAGCAGGGCCAGGGAGAGAGACUUUCGUUUGUUUUCCGCAUUCAUUCAUGCAUCCGACCAACACUGACUGAGCCUGAGUCGAGCGAGAUCUCUGACCCAGUCCUUCUCCAAUACAAAGGAAAGAUGAUCAAGAGAGUGAAGGCCAGCUAGCGCAGAUGGGCGGGCCGCAGGUGG